AUGGCAGAAGUUGUGCCCUUCAUCCUGAUCUUAUUCCUGCACUGUGGAUCUUGUAUCAUCAUAUCAGCCUCUCCUACUAAUGCCACAGCUACUGUGGCUUCAUGGACUACUUUAACUACAACUGAGAGCCUUUUUUCUGCAGGGAAAACCAACUCCACUGAAGUUCCCACCACAGGAUUCACAACUGCUAAUGGCAAGUCAACAACCAAACCUCCAAAAACCAUCACAGCUACUGGACAUGUGAGUAAAGAUGGAGGUAGAAAGGUGGAGAAAGAAAAUCCAGGAAAACCUGCAGAGGAAGAAGAAGAAGGUCCUUUGGAGUUAGAAUGCCCUCCGCUGGGUCUGGAGUCACUCAGGGUCAGAGACACCCAGCUGAGAGCAUCGUCCUAUAAGCGCAGAGGUCUGGGACCCCACCGAGGACGGCUCAACAUCCAGUCUGGGAUCGAGGAUGGAGAUAUCUACGAUGGAGCCUGGUGUGCUCAGUACAAAGACAAGAAGCAGUGGCUUGAGGUCGAUGCUCUGCAACUCACUCGCUUCACAGGGGUCAUCCUGCAGGGACGGAACUCCAUCUGGAGUUGGGACGUGGUGCACACCUACAAGGUACAGUUCAGCAAUGACUCGCUGGUCUGGAAGCCGUGCAUGAACGGAACCAAAGAGGCCAUAUUUGAAGGAAACCAGGAUGCAGAGACUCCUGUCCUCGCUCUUUUCAACGCUUCCACUGUGGCUCGUUACAUCCGGAUCAACCCACAGACCUGGUACCAGAACGGCACAGAGGGUGACAUCUGCCUCAGAGCUGAAGUGUUGGGAUGCACUGUCCCAGAUCCAAAUAAUAUCUACCCAUGGCAGACACAGCCGGCAGGGUCUAGAGACAAACUGGACUUCAGACACCACAACUACAAGGAGAUGAGAAAGCUGAUGAAGUCGGUGCAUGAGGAGUGUCCUGACAUCACCCGGAUCUACAGCAUAGGAAAGAGCUACAGGGGGCUGAAGCUCUACGUCAUGGAGAUCUCUGACAACCCUGGAAAACAUGAACUCGGAGAACCAGAGUUCCGGUACGUUGCUGGGAUGCAUGGGAAUGAGGUCCUGGGUCGAGAGCUUCUCCUCAACCUGAUGCAGUACAUGUGUCAGGAGUACAAACGUGGUGACCAGCGGAUCGUCCGCCUCAUCAAAGACACACGUAUCCACCUGCUGCCCUCCAUGAACCCUGACGGAUAUGAGAUGGCCUAUAAAAAGGGCUCAGAGUUGGCAGGCUGGGCAUUAGGUCGUUACAGUUAUGAAGGGAUCGACAUGAACCACAACUUUGCUGACCUCAACUCAGUGAUGUGGACGGCCAUCGAGCUGGAGACGGACCAGUCCAAACUCAUCAAUCACUACUUCCCCAUCCCAGAACAGUAUACCUCAGAGGAUGCUUUUGUGGCACCAGAGACCAGAGCUGUGAUCAACUGGAUGCAGAACAUCCCGUUUGUUCUCAGCGCUAACCUCCAUGGAGGAGAGCUUGUGGUUACUUACCCGUUUGAUAUGACCCGGGACUGGGCCCCUGCUGAGCACACGCCCACCUCUGAUGAGAGCUUCUUCCGCUGGUUGGCUACAGCGUACGCCAGCACCAAUCAGGUGAUGUCUAACCCAGACCGGCGGCCGUGUCACAACAAAGACUUCCUCAGAUUCAACAACAUCAUCAAUGGAGCUCAGUGGCACAACGUACCAGGAAGUAUGAAUGACUUCAGCUACCUCCACACAAACUGCUUUGAGGUAACCGUGGAAUUGUCCUGUGAUAAAUUUCCUCACGCCAGCGAGCUUCCCACUGAGUGGGAGAACAACAGGGAGUCUCUGCUGGUUUACAUGGAGCAGGUCCACCGUGGAAUUAAGGGUGUGGUUCGUGACAAAGACACACAGGCUGGUAUACCAGAUGCCGUAAUUAAAGUUGAAGAUAUUGAUCAUCAUAUAAGAUCAGUUGCUGAUGGAGAUUACUGGCGUCUGCUGAAUCCUGGUGAAUACCGAAUAACAGUCAGUGCAGAGGGCUACCUCCCCUCCUCCCGUACCUGUCAGGUCAUGUACGACUUCUACCCCACCGUCUGUGACUUCAACCUCACCAAGAUGCCCAAACAGAGGCUGCAAGAGAUUUUAGCAAAGGGGGGAAAACUACCUAAAGACCUGCAGCUCCGGCUACGACAGCUCCGCCUGCGCAAGCUCAGAGUUUCCACCAAAGCUAUGAACCAGAAACGUGCUGCUGCAGCGGCUGCUGCUGCUGCUAAAAGAGCAAAAAGAGUCUGAUGAUAACUGAAGACACAGGAACAAA